CUUCGUCGGAGCCUGUUGCUCGUGCAGGGGAUAGAGCCGCAUGAGGAGGAGAGAGCGCUGGAGUAAAUUGCCUUGCUCUGUUGUUUUCCCCAGUUGCUGUCGGGGUAGCGGCGACUCGCGUUCAAAAAGGCAAAUCCUUUCGAUCAGAGCGCGGCGCCCGCCCCUCUCUGAAGUUCCCUGAUGCCAACUUUUGCCCGGCUCGCUGCUCUUCUGCAGCAGCGCCAGCCCGACGCUGGCAGCUGAAGCUCUGCAGCCGGCGGCUCCCGACCUCAAAGCCCCGCCGAGAUGACCCCGAGCCGAGCGUGGCUUUUGUGUACCAUUUGCAGCCUGGCGGUGGCCUCGCCGACCGCCGCGGUGCAACUUCAGCAGGGCAUGCCAAAUGUAUGUCUUGAGCAAGAACUGGCAAUGGUGGGACAUCGUCAACCAUGCGUUCAAGCCUUGACCCGUUCAGUGAAGACGUGGAAGCAGGAGUGUGCAGCACAAAGAUGGUGCAUGGUCUAUGAGAGAAGGACAAGCUAUUACACCAUCUAUAAGCAAGCGUACAGCAUGGAACACCACACUGUCUUUAAGUGUUGCCCUGGAUGGAGCCGGAAGAAUGAUGAUGACCCUGGAUGUCUUUACUCUGUGUGUGCUGUAGGCACUUGCUUCAAUGGAGGGAAAUGCUCUGGUGGGAUUUCCCAGAUGUGCCAGUGUCCAGUAGGAUUUCAGGGCCCAUGCUGUCAGUACGUGAAGGUGUGGGGAGAACUUCUGCAGUUUCUGCUCCCUAACAAAAUCAAAGUACUUUUGGGUGGAUGGGAUACUUACAAUUUGAAGAGCUGGCUUUUUAACAAAAGGUUAAACAAAGAUGUAAAUGAAUGUGCCAAUGCAAACGGAGGCUGUCAGGACCAAUGUUGCAAUACAGUUGGCAGCUACUACUGCAAAUGUCCAGCUGGCCAGAAACUGGGAGAUGACAGGACGUCUUGUGAAGAGAUUGACCUUUGUGCAAGUGGAAAUGGAGGGUGCUUACACGUCUGCCGAAAUGAGACUGGACUUGCAAAAUGUGAAUGCUAUUCUGGAUACCACCUUUCUGCAGAUGGGAAAUCCUGUGCAGAUGCUGAUGAAUGUGCAGAAGGGACGGCUAAGUGUACUCAUCGCUGUGUGAACACUUUGGGCUCCUUUGCCUGCCUUUGUAAUCCUGGAUUUGAACUAGGAGCUGAUGGAAGGCAAUGCUACCGUAUUGAAAUGGAAAUUGUCAAUAGCUGUGAAAACAACAACGGAGGUUGCCUACAUCACUGUGAGCACUCCACCAAUGGGCCACUCUGUUCUUGUAAUCAAGGUUACCUCUUGGAUUUAGAUGGAAAGACAUGCAUAGAUUUGAAUGAAUGUAAGACUGGGGAUGCCUGCUGUUCACAGUUCUGCAUCAACUGCUUCGGAGGAUAUGAGUGCAGCUGCAAGGCAGGGUUCCGGCUUCAUCUGGAUGGCUGCGAGUGUGAUGAUGUGGAUGAGUGCCUAGCCGACACGGAUGGCUGUGAACAGUUCUGUAUUAAUUCUUUGGGCUCUUAUGAAUGUACAUGUGGGGAAGGAUACAGGCUCAGCACUGCUGACAGACAGUCUUGCAUCUCAUUAGAUGAAGAUGAGCUGGAAGAGGAGGAGGAAGAACUGGAGAUUGCCCCAGUUCCUGACCUUCACUUCAGAAGACCACCUCAGCUCCUUCACUUCAGUACAUCACUAGAUUCAUUCUAUGAGGAUGAGGAAGAAGAUAUUCAUGGAGAACUCACUCUUGUACACAAAGUUGUUUGCCUGGAUCACAUGUUUGGUAAUGACUGCAGUUUAAGUUGUUCUGAUUGUAUGAACAAAGGGAAAUGCAACAGUGACAAUAGUAGUUGUGACUGCCCACCUGGGUGGAUUGGCAUUAUCUGUAAUGAAACCUGCUCUGCGGGGACUUAUGGAAAAGAUUGCAGCAGCCUCUGCAAGUGUCAGAAUGGAGGUUCCUGUGACCCGGUAACAGGGUGGUGUCGUUGCCCACCAGGAAUUAAUGGGAAGUUUUGUGAAGAUGGCUGCCCCAAAGGACAUUUUGGGAAGCGCUGUAACAAGAAAUGUAAUUGCGCUAACAAUGGAUACUGCCACAGAUUGUAUGGAGCCUGUUUGUGUGACCCAGGGCUAUAUGGUCGCUUCUGCCAUCUAACCUGUCCAAAAUGGGUCUUUGGAGCUGGUUGCUCAGAGGAGUGCCGGUGUCUGAAGGAGAACACUCUGGAUUGUGAUCCUAGAAAUGGUACUUGCACCUGCAAACCAGGCUAUGAAGGAAGCAAGUGUCAAAAAGAGUGCUUACCUGGUUUUUAUGGAGCAGCCUGUCAACAGAAAUGCAGCUGUUCUGGUCCUUCCAUGUGUGACCAUGAAACUGGGGACUGCAGAUAUCCAUGUCCUGCAGGUUUCUAUGGAGAAAAGUGCCUCUACCAGUGCCCUGAUGGUUUCUGGGGUGCAAACUGUCACUUUGUCUGUGAACCCUGCGAGAAUGGAGGCCAGUGUAACAAAGUAACUGGCAUAUGUGAAUGCCCUUCAGGAUACAUUGGGAAAAACUGUAACACUUCUUGUCCCGCUGGUUACCAUGGGGGAAAAUGUUCGCUGCAAUGCAGCUGCAAUAUCAAUGCUCAGUGUAACCCUGUCACUGGUGAAUGCACAUGUCCCCCAGGUUGGAUCGGCCAUGAGUGCAAGCAGCCUUGUGGUUCUGGCUCCUGGGGACAGCUUUGUGGGAACUUAUGUGACUGCAGGAACAGUGAUGGCAGCUGCGAUCCCAUUACUGGAAUUUGCUUCUGUGAAGCAGGAUAUACCGGGAAACAUUGUGAGCAGAGAUGUCCCGAGGGAAGCUUUGGCCUGAGCUGCAAACACAGCUGCCAGUGCAGAAAUGGAGCCACCUGUGACCAGAUGAGCGGGGCCUGUACUUGUGCAGCUGGCUGGAUGGGAACCUUUUGUGAGAAAGAUAGAUGUGGAAACCGGAUGGAAUGAACUUAUGAAUACACACAAAACUAUUACGGACUGAUUAGA